CACCACGCCUCAAUAUUCCUAGUACACCAGCCGAAAGCCCGGCGCCCCGUCCCGUCGCCCCCCUCAUGGACGAUGGAUUCCUUGGUCAAGGAGUGGGCUUUGUUUCUUGACAGGUGCCUGGAAAACCGGAUUGACAUCGACCUGUUCGCUGCCGCUGCGACUCAGCUGCACACGCGGUCGCCCCUCCCCGGACACAAGCUUGCAGCAUUAUUAGUGAAGCCACGAGCUGCUGGGUUGAACAGCGUUGAUCCCCGUGUAAUUGUGUAUGCUGAGCGCCUGCUCGCCCUGAAGAAAGUCGAUGCAUCCGACAUUCUUGCCGCCGCUUUCCAAUUUUCGAAAGAUCGGCCUAUCCAGUCGAGCGACAAUACAAACCCAAAAGACCCAUCUCGAUGGCAGAAUCCCUCAGAGCUAGAUGAGAUCUUAUUCCAUCGUUUACAUAAGGCCUUUUCGGGCGAACGGCCCGAAAGACCAGCCAGCAAUGCGGAAGGCACCCGAACGGUGAAAGCCGCCAUUAGAUGGAUGUCAGCGAUGGUCGCGUCGCAUACAAACGAUUCGAUGCUACAGGCAAUGGCCGGCAUCCAGCAGCAGCCUCAGCAACAGUCAAUCAAUGUUCGCGAAGGACUUGGCAUGCUCGUUGUGGGGCUGAUCGAGAAUGUCAAAAUCCUGCAGUUGCUGAACAGGGAUGAGUUGAAGGAUAUCCGGAAAGCCUUUGCACGGGCGCUUACAACUUUCAUUCCGUUCCUGUCACAAACUUCCAUUCAGAUUGCGAAUCGCCUCGAGAUUUACCAAAAAGAACAUGACUUCCAUGACAAGUCAAGUGCUGGGCAAACGAACGAGAAUGCGGGACUCGAAGUUGCGGCGCUGCAGCUUGAGGCUGUGAUUGAUCUUCCACAAAUAAACACAAGAGCAGGUCUCUACAUAUUCCUUAAUGCAUUGCUUAUCGCACGUCCCCUAACAGACGACAUUAUCAUCAACAACUACUUGCAUUCGUUCUACAAGAUGGACGCUCAAAAUAUGGCGACAGAUUUGGUUACCGCUUCCUUCGACAUACUGGCAAACGCUAUGUACAGGAGUGAAUCAACACAAACAAUGACUUCUCUGAAGUCGUUCCUUGUUAACAAAGUGCCCACACUUUUGACCCAGCUCACAGCUCCGCUGUACGCCAUGAACCCGGAGCUAUGCAUAACACAGGCUUUCAGUCGAAUUGACCCGAACGCUUUUCCUGCAUUCUCCCAGGGAUUUGAUGAUAUGCUUGGUAACAACAGCUCUCUCGCAGAUGUGAGACAAGACUUUCUGAAUGCGUGCGCUUUGCACAAUCUUAUUCCAGCGAAUACUGUAGAGCGUCUACUUGGGGAAGCUCCGAUGCAAGGUCCACCAGCAACGAGAUACGUAAAACAAGAUCUCUUGAAGCAGUGCAAGGACAAUAUCGACAAGGCGACCGCAUACAUUGAAGAAUUGGAAAACCUGGAUGGGAAUGCCGGUGCCAUUGUAGCCGCUCUUGUAGAUUUCGUCGCGCACCUCUGCGAAACGCAAAUGACCAUGUACCUGAAGACACUAUGCAACACGCUUUCGAAGAAAACAACAGCACUCGAUGUAAUCUUGCAGUUUACAUCACCGGCCAGCAUACUGCGACCGCUAUGUCAGUUCCUGGAUGAGUGGCAUUAUGAGACCGAUCAAGAGUACCAACCAGUAUACGAUGAAUUCAGUGCCAUCCUUGUCCUUGUUCUGGCCUUCGUAUAUCGAUACGAGCUCACCUAUAACGAUCUAGGCAUCGGACACGACUCGUUCGUCGCCCGGUUACUGGAGCGUGGACACCGGAGCAUCUCUUCUAAUGAUUUGACCGAAGAGCAAGGCAACCACCUGGGUGGGUGGCUGAAGGGCUUAUUUGACGCCGACAAAGAAGGCCUCAGUAACGAUGUGUUCGCAUCAUGCCGACCUCAAGAAUUCUACCUCAUAGUGCCCACACUCUUUAAUCAGACAGCGAUGGCCUGUUCCGUAGAUGUCCUAUCUUUGGACUCGGUGAAGGGCGGCUUAGAGUAUCUCCACGAGACAUUUCUUCUGCCAUCCCUGGUAGGAGGCCUGACAUGGAUGGCCUCGCAUGCGCUUACGCAGACACACCAAGACCACGAUGUGAUGGUGCAGAUAUUCCACAAAUUGAUUAGAUCGGCCCCCACAUCGGGUGACGCACAGGCUAUGCAUUCCACGAUUCUCUCGAUCGUAUCGGCUCGGCUCGAGACAUGCUUCCGCACCCUGAAGCGGCGCUACUCCGGGUAUAGCACGGACAUGGACCAGCUCCUGGAGGCCAUCAAACCUAGUCUGCAUUAUGUUCGUUCAGUGUCUUCUCCCACUUCUGAGCUCGAACAGUGGACUACAGCGACGAACAACACGCUCGCCUCCUCGCUGCGCCACACUGUGCAGCAGCUUUCCCAGUGGGCUACGAAUGCUUCUAUCCAACCUAACCCGCCUAGCUACACGCACCGCCAGCUGUACACCUGUAUAGACCUUCUCGGUACCCAACAAACGCUUCGAGCAAUCAUCGACGAGGUCAAGGCUCAAACCGACGCGGGAAAUGGUGCAGCAGCACUCGACAUCGGCGUAUCUCUCAUCUGCGCACCUAUGAUCACGGAUAGUGUAUUGCCCGUUGAGUGGGCAGGCUGCUCUGCUCCUGCACCUCAGCCUCCUCGGACACAGUCAAACCUCCGCGAAAUGCUCAAAGAUGAGUUUGACAACGCGGCAAGCUUUGUGUCUACGGAUCCAUCAGCUGCCGAAGCCGUCGUGCGACUGCAUCGUCGUGUUGAAGCUCAACUCGCUGUCAUCGCGCAAGCAGGUCUCUCAACUGCCAACGUAGAUCUAUCCAACGUCGGCAUGGUGCAAGCACCAAGUCUGACCACCGAUCUUGACAAGGCCAUGAAUGAUGCGGCCGCAGCCUCGAUCGCGGCAGUGGGUGCAGACUUGACUGAUCUCAACAAACAGUUACAACAGAACAUCGACCAGGAAUUGGACCUUGGCGAUGCCGGUGCGGGCUUGGACUUGAGCGGCAUGGUAGUGGAUGGGAACACAGGUGGCAUAAGCGCCGAUAUGGGUAAUCUGCCAGGCUUAGAUCUGGACAUGGGCGACAUGAGUAUGAACAUGGACAUGGAAGGAGAUGACGACUGGGGUCUGGAUUUCGGCGGCAUGUAGUAUGCGCUGAUAGAUUUCGAGCCGGACGAAUACCGCCCGGAAACAGAUACCGAAACGAUUGGUGAUUGUGAUGAUGAGGAGCAGAUACAGGCUGGGAUCCGGCCUUGAUGUUGCAAGUUGGCGUUGUGUAGUGCUUUUACUUGGAGGUAGACAUCGAUAGAUAGGGCGUUGCCGCCAUUGGACAACUGUCGGCAACGAAAAUUGCUACACAGCCCUCCUACCCG